CGCUUGAUGUUGGUUAAGGUACCAUUUCGUUGUCGGCGACAUGGUGGAGGUUCCAUGUCGGGGGCUACGGCGGCCGAAAUGACGUGCAUACGAGUCACCGCAGCCUCACUGGUGCUGUGCUGAUCGCCAACGGCGAGGCAUUUCGACGUCGUCUUAAUUCUGGCGGAAACCCGAUAGUCCAACCACCUGUACACGAUGUGAGCCAGCGACUAGUUGCGGUGGCUUUCUCCUUCCCACGUGGCCAAAGCGGCUAACCUUUCCGACUAUCGAUUACGAUCUCGGAAAGCUAAUCACGUCAACCCACGUCGAUGUUCUCCCGCCUCCGCCUUCACAGACCCCACAUAAUAAACAAACACAUCUUUCGUCUUUUCUACAACACCUCAAAAGCCAAUAUGCACAUCCUCAUCACAAAUGACGAUGGUCCGCCCUCAGACCAGUCCUCGCCCUACGUGCAUUCACUAGUCUCGACCCUCCAAUCGCAUGGCCACACCGUCUCCGUCGUUCUCCCACAUACACAGCGUUCUUGGAUCGGCAAAGCACAUCUCGUCGGCCACUCGAUCAAACCCACAUACUUCAGACCACUACCUCUGCGCAGCGAAAAUGGCCGCCUUCUGAACGAUGGUACGACACACACGCGCCCCCUUCCCGACGCCUCUACAGAGGAAGAGUGGAUCCUCGUCGACAGCACGCCCGCAUCCUGCGUCCAGAUCGGCCUGUUCCACUACUUCAAGAGCAGAGGUCCAAUAGACCUCGUCGUAUCGGGGCCCAACUAUGGACGCAACAGCACAGCUGUAUUCAGCUUGUCCAGCGGAACCAUUGGCGGCGCCAUGGAAGCAGCCGUCUGUGGAUACAAGUCGAUUGCGCUGUCCUAUGCCUUCUUCGACCGCAACCACGACGCCGCCAUAAUAUCGGGAGCGUCCGAGCUCUCCGCCCGCCUUAUACAGCAUCUUUUCGAUAACUGGAACCCCGACACACACCUCUACAGCGUCAAUGUGCCACUGGUCGAGAACGUGGGCGAAAAGAAAAUACUGUACACCAACAUGCUGCAAAAUGCGUGGAAGUCGGGCUCGUGCUUCCAGCCCAUCGAAGUGCCCUCUGAAAGCGAUGAGUCGGCCUCGGACAUCGAGGCGCAGAUACGAAAACAGGAGGAGAAGCUGGGCCGGAAGGAGUUGCUGGGUGGCGAUUCGGGAGGCGACAGUGGCAGGGAGACGCCCGUUGGGGGGCACAUACGAUAUACGCAUAAGCACUUCAAGUGGGCGCCGCGAUUCAAAGAUGUGUAUGAGAGCGUGGAGCAGAGCGCGCCGGGGAACGAUGGGUGGGCGGUUGCGCAGGGGUACACAAGUGUCACGCCGUUGAGGGCAAACUUCAUGCAUACGCCAGGGGACUUCACUGGGGAGAUUGCUCUGGACAACGUUGGGAAGGGAAAUGUACCCGCAGAAGUUUCGGCGGAAAACAAAAAGGCCUAGAUAAAAGCUUUGGGGCAUAGACGACAUACGACGCUUAUGAUAGAGCAUUCACGAACAACUGUACAGUUUUUUCUUGCUCCCAAGCGUUCUCCUGAAAACACAACCAUUCCAUGAAUUCAGCAGA